AAUUCAUAUAACAAUUAAUUUUUUAAUUAUAUAUAAAACAAAGCUAUAAUAAAAAAAAUGUUUAUUCUUUCUAUUGUUUGUUCAAUUUUCUCUGCAGCUUUUGUUGUACUUUUAUCAAAUGUCACCUUAACAAUUUUAAAAACAUUACAACAAGCCAUAAUACCAUUUAUUAAAUCACAAAAUCUUCCAGUUUCAGAAUUAGUCCUUUCGUUCGUUAAUGAUUUAAUUUCAUUCAAAGAUUAUAACUUAUCCCACGUCUUAUUACUUUCAGUUGUAAUUUCGGUACUUGCUUUAAAAAGAGAACUUUGUGGUAGUUGCGGAACCCCUUCAAAUAGUGCCCAAUCAGGUAGUAGAAAAGUCAAAUAGACAACUUAAUUUUCAUUAUUUCUUUAAAAUAGUUAAAAAAAAAAAUUAAAUACACCAAAUGGUAUUAUUCAAAUAAAUUAAUAAAAAUUGGAAAUUAAAUAAAAAAAAAUAAAAAAUAUUAAUAUGAAGAGAU